AAUAAAAUAAAAAUAAAGCGACAUGUAUACUAACAAAAGCAUGCAUUAAUAGAGGACAGUGUAAGAUUUCGAAUAUUUUGGUGAAGAGUUUUUUUUUAAUUAUUAUUUUAAAGUGACUGAGCAUUAAACCUAGAGAAAGAUAGGCUUAUAACAUAAAUUAAACAUCUAAAUAUAUCAGUUAUCACACUGAUAUAUUAACAUGUUCACAAAAAAAUGACGGCGAAUUGACUGUAGGCAAAUUGUAUGUUGGAAAAUUUCCUGUCGGCCAAAUGUCCUAUCGGAAAACUGGCACUCGGCGAAAUGUGGUGUCGGCAAAAUCACGUGUCGGUGAAAUCACGUGUCGACAAAUGGUAUUUCGGUCAAUAGUCUGUAGGCCAAAUGUCUGUCGGUGAAACGUACGGCGACGAUAAUGACACUAAUACAAAAAGCUUAAAAAAAAAAAAUGAUACAGUAUACGAAUAACAUUAAUCACGAUAGGUGUAUAAGUAAUUUCUUUAUAAGUAUCAUUAUAGUUACAAGUCAAAUUUAAGAUGGCUGUUCGUUCAAAUAAUUAAUAAUUUUGAAACUAUACAAUAUAAUAUAACAAAUGUAACUAUUGAAAUCGAAAAUCGUUGUUAGGUCAAUUAAAAUAUUACUGUCUCCUGAAUAGGGGUAAAAUUAUUUAGGAACACCCAAAAAAGGGACACUCUUUCGGUCCCGAAGUUGUCUCCAUAAUAGGAGUUCUCAAAGUCAAUGGUUGUUUACAUUACCAGCCAAUUACGUAUAUUUACGUGCCUUUAACAGGAAAGGCCUGACAAGAGUUUUGCUCCUUUUAUAGCAGUGCCUAAUUUUCACUGUUUGUAUUUUAGAACCCCGUCCGCAAACUUGUUAGCCCACGACCCAAAUUAUAUAUCAAGCAUUCAGACGCGACCCAUCGAACCGGAAGCCAAUAAUUCACGUCCGUUGAUAAGCGCGAAAGAUAGCGGGUAUUAGAAGAACCACCCACUUGAUUCUUUUGGCAGUCAACUAAAAGAUACUGUCACCCACAACAUUAUUUUAAAAAGCCUAAAAAUGAAAAAAAAUAACUUAAAAUUACUCAUUAUUUAACCAAACCACGUAAGUUAUCUUUCUUUUUUUUUUUUUUCAAUUUCACGACUUUUUUAAAAUUAAUGAUUUACAGACAUUUCAUUACAAUUUCCUUAAUUAUUUUGCUGCCAGAUAUGUAUGAGUUAUUCAAAGACAUAGACACAUUUAAUUGAAAAAUAUUUUCUUCGUUAUAAUUUUCAACUGAAAGCCAAACACACAGAAAUUAACAAAACUUUCAAGUUGUCAUAUCUGAAGUACAAAUGUUGUACAAGUAAAUUUUCAACAUGAAACUGAUUAAACACACGCAUUACAAAAGUAAAUUGACACACGUGCCACACUUUAACUGCACUUUCGUUUGAUUUCCUUUGUCCUCAUUCGUAUUAGGUAAAGUUUUCACGAUUAAGAGACUAUGCGACCCAUCAACAAUUCUCCGCGACCCAAACAUUGGGUUACGACCCAUAAGUUGCGGAACGGUGGUUUAGAAUAUUAAUUUAAUUUACGUUUGUUGAUGUUGUUUAUAUAUGUAUGGCUCGACGACAAUCGGAUAUAUCAAUUUCCAGGGCCUGAUGUGGAUAUCCUGACUUUAGGCCUAAGGAAUAUAAGUAAGCGUUGAUAGUCCAACCAAUGACGGUGUUAGCCUAAUUUCACAACAAUAAUAAUAAUUGUAUGCUGGUAUAGACAACAGAUUAAAUACUGCGUUAGAGCUUUCGUUGAAUUAUAGGUAGGUGAAAAUCAUAAUAGGAUCAAGCAUAAUAGGAUCAAGCACCGACAUAAAAACAAUUGCUCAUCCACGCACGAACCGAUUGUUUGUCGCGGAACUUGACCCUUUAACACUUACAGAAAAAGGCCGAACCAUAAUAAAAUAAAACCUCAAGCGAGAAUAAUUUGUUCAGAUGAGCCUUAGUACACAAUGCAUUUCUUCAUAUGAUAGUCCUACAUUCAGCGAUGAUUAUUUGAUUUUUUGAUUUUAAAUGCGGCCGAGCCACAAAAAGAACGAAACUCUAGACUGGGAAAUAAGAGGGGAAAAAGAUAAAUAAAUAAAUACCAUGAAAUGAGUACCAUGAAUUACAUUAAAUUAUAGAUUUAGGAAAAUGAUUAAAACUGUGCCAUGAGAAAAGAGUUUACAGCACGUUUCGUUAUACUGACUUCGUGGUUUGGAUUUGCAUCUUGUACUGUAAGUCAAGGAUGGUAAUUCUGCUAUUGAUGCUAGAGUCGAUGUACUGUGCCAGUUGAGUUGUACUCGCACUUGAUGUUACCCAUCCUGCUAGUAGCAAAGUAGAAUGGGAUGCUUCUGCUCAAGAAAGAGCCUACUCAAAUUAAUACUUGGAGCACUUUCUGUACUCCUCUUAUACAAAUUGUUGUUCGUUAUAUAUUGUGACGAAGACUGGUCUAAGGAUGUGAUUUACAAAUUGUGUGACCAUUACAAUGAUGGCCUCAUAGAUGGUGAUGUAUGCCAUGCAUUGUGUGUUGACGAGGAAUUUCAGUACAGAGAUUGUUUCAACUAUAGACAUCGUAAGCUAGCCCUAAAGAUGAAGUGGAAAGGACGCGUUGUGAUGCUCAAGGCUCUUGAACCAUACCUUGAAAACUUCAACAACGACCUAAAAAAGCUCAGAAUCAGCCUAGAUAAAGACUAUGCAUUUGAUGAAAAACUUACCACUAUUUCCACUUUGUUGCGAAUAAGACUUAACAACCAGAUAACGAAGUAUGUUCAGCCGAAGAAUAAACUAACGUUUGACGAAAUUUACCAGCGACUGUGGACUGGGAAUACGUCCAAAUCUAAAAAAGCGGAAAUUGUAAGCGUUGGUUCUCUUUCUUCACAAAGAGAAUACAUCUUUUUUCAAUUCUAUAGAAACAUGGUAAAUUUUCCAGAUGUUUUCGGUACUUGUGGGCACAUGUACGUUGUGGAAUAUACGCCGCCGCCAUGGACAUUGAACCCCGGAGCAUCCGGUCUGCAAGAAGUAUCGGCACUAAAAUAUUGGACUUGGGAUCGUCGAGCACAACUUGCAUCGAAUUUCAUGCAAAUGCUACGAAACUUCGAAGUAGAUUUUCACGAGCCGUUUUACUUUUGCGACAUAAAACACCCAAAUUUUGGUAUCACGGAUGAUCUGACGGUAAAGGCGAUUGAUGUGGAUAUGGCUUACUACAAAUCGACAGUGGAAAGUUUUAUAAGGAAGAGAAAAUGCACAAAGGAAACGGAAGCCACGUCUUGUAGAUUUUUCGACUGCAUAACAGAAUGUGACGAACAUACAGGAAAAUGUCGUUUGCAGGAAAAUAUUUUUAGGGGACAGCCUUCAUCCUGGUUUACUACGGUCUCCUCCAAAAGAAAUUAUGGACAAACUGUCGGUGCUACUUAAUGAGUGUGUAAAUUCAUUCAAGGAACCAAAUUCGCAAGUUACCAAUUCAUCGGUGUUCCUCAAUAUGCAGGAACUGAUUCAACAAAGUAUUGUCAAGUGACUCAAUAUGACGAGGCAAUGUGGUUAUUCAAUUACUACGGAAGCAAUAGAGGAGUCAAUGUUGUUUAGUUGUGCAGCCAAAAUCCGAGGCCAUGGGUCCAAAAGGCAACAUUCUUGGGACUCUGAAUCCUAUGAUAACCCUUCUUAUUUCCUAAUAAUUUCCUAUCGGACGUUAAGAAACGAAAAUGUUUCCGCACUUGACAUACACACUAACCCUACUAGCUUUUAACCAUACUUUCAUUCAGAUUUUCAAGACUUUAGAUUUGAGCGUUUGUUUCAUGUGAACAAAUACGUUUAUCAGUAAACAUAAUGGACAUUUCUAUAAGAAUUUGUGAUUUUUCUACAAAAGGUAAUUAUACAGUACUAAGCUAAGACCUCAUUCUACAAAAUGCUUAUUAAAUCUACAAAGUACUCAAAUUGACGGACCUUUCUUCCUUGGACGGGACCUUAGUUCCGCCAAUUUAUACUCGCAUCGUGGACAUCGACCAGACCCAACUUGCGCCACAUUGAAUAACGAGAUAUUAUUGCUUUUAUUAUUAUUGAUUCAUUCGCCCAUAUGAUGACAAGCAUACGUUCUAGGUUCUGACUAUUUAAUAUGGAGUACUUUAAAAAUGCCACUUAUUAUUAUGAAGAUCAAGGUAAAUGGAUAAUCAACAUCCAUUUACUCCCAAGUUUCUAAUAUAGACCAGGGGUGGCACCAGUGGAGAGAAAACAUAAUUGUAUGUAAUUUUUACAUUUUUGUCAUACUUUCAUGGCUUCGCCCCUGGAUCACUUCUGAGAUUUUGAGCGACGUCCAACUAUGCCUACUUAUUCUUUUGUCUGAAACAUCGGGCACUCCCCCUCCCCCGUUGAGAAAACGGUCCCCCAGUCAAACACUGCCGCCAGCUUUGACAUAGACAUCUAUUCUCUAUACAUACAGACGUAGUUGCUGAUUUUUGUUAUAAAAUACUGGUCUCCAUCUAAUCAAAAACCCUCAGUUAAAGACCAUAUUUUUGAGGUCCCAAAUGAACAAAUAUCUCAUCUUUAUUAUUCUAUUCAGUGACCAAAGCUGUUAAAAACCGUGGACACCACGGUCCAAAAAGUGGUCAGUAUUUGGAGGGAAGCUUGUAUAUGUUUUGACACAAUAAGAAGCUUCCGAUUGCACAACGACGGUAGGACGUAGAACGUAAUGACGUCACUAAAAGUCAUCUGCGCAUGCGAGAACGUCGAGUAGUUUCUGAAACGCAAUUUGGCCAAAUCUACGUAUGCAGAGAACGUAGGACGCCAGGUAGGACGGUCACGCAUGAGUGAUUAUGAUCUAGCGCCGCGUCGUGACACAAAACGAGAGCUCCCUAAUAUUCACAUAAGGUCUAUAAUUAUAUCGUGAUACAGUACUAAAAACCUAUUAACAAAAUAUGGACUUUCAAUAUAAAUACAUAUUAAACUUUUAUUGUUUUCUGUAACAAUGUUAAGUCUUUAUUUUCCUCCGAUGUAGCAAAAUCCCUUGCAAUACCGACAUCAACAACAAUGAGGUCAAAUAUAUAUAAAAUAUAGAGUUGCUUGUGAUUAAUUUUUUAACACAUUUCUUGCUUUGUUACUAAUAUGCAAGUAUUUGUUAAAGUUAUCAGUGAUUUUACUGCCCAUUUUAAUAAAAUGUUAAAACAUGCAUGUCUGUAAAAGUUUGUUAGUACAUUUUUUUUUAAAGUUAAAUUUUGCGGUAGAUUGAAGGGUGGCGAAGGGGCGAUCAUCCCCCAAGAGAAAAUAAAAAAUAUAACAAAAUAUUUUUUGUUUAUAAUUUUGAAUUUGUAACUGUAGUAACUGUAUUAUAUUUCCACUGAGGGAAGUGGUAUUCACUGCUUACAAGCAUGUUGUAUUUUUUACUGUACCUCAUAAAUAUUAAACAACAAACCGUUCCUCUACAUCAGCCAUGUUGAUCUGUGCAGGUAAAAUUACGCAGUUCAGGUAGGCAGGUGUGCAGUAGUCGAUUUUGGGUAGUAAUUUUUUUUCCCACGCAUGUAUAAACUUGGCAUGUGCAUGAAAGUAGUAAUAACUACCGCAUCCCUUACCAGGGUGAAUUGACCAAUGAUAUUACAGUACCUAAUUAAUAGUUAUUCUAGGCAUCUGAUUGGUUAAAAAGCGUGUAAUAACUUCAACCAUCACUCCUAUGAGGCAGGUUUGAAAGAUAGUUCAAUAAUUCUAGUACUGUAUAGUACUUUUGCCCUGUCAAUCAAUAUUUUGUAUAAUAUAAGAACAACAGUACUUUAAAGACUACUAUAAUCAUAAACUGUGUGGAUGAAAGCUAAAACUAAUAAAUUUUAUAGUUGGUUGUCAUAUAUUUUAAA